AUGCAGCUCUCAGACCCUUCAGAGCAGCUGAAGGAGAAGACCCCAGCACCAGCACCAGCAGAGACCAAGCAGUGGUCGGUGUGUCCGGUCCACCCUCAAGUACCCCCUCUCUUUUGCAUGGACGAGUGUCGGUGCAUCUGUGCGGUCUGCGAGUUCUCUGACCACAAAGAUCACGAAGUUCUGAGUGAAAAGGAGGCGGAGAGGAGGCUGAAGGAGCCACUGCGAUCCCAGCUGCAGACUCUGAAGCAGCACAGGCAGAACUGCGAAGAACUGCAGCAGGAGUACGACCAAAUCCAGAUCCAGUCCGAGGAACAGGGUCUACACUGCGAGAGUCAGAUCACGGCAGUGUUCGACAUGAUGCAGCGCCACCUACAGGAGCAGCAGGACAAAGCUGUCAGAGCUCUGAGAAAGGAGCAGGACAGACAGGGUCACCUCCUCAUGUCCCAGAGGAAAACACUCAAAGAUAAACUGUCCUCGGUGAACAAAAGCAUACAACAGCUGGAGACACAUCUGCAGACUCAAACGCAAGACUUUCUAUUGAUGCCCAGACCUCCAGCCGGUCCCCUUGAGCCUCCUCUGCCCACAGGACUGAGGCAAGACCAGGAGAAACCUUCCACCCCAACUGGACUGGAGCAGGACCUGGAAAAACCAUCUCCCCCUACUGGACUGAUGCUAGACCAGGCCAAACUGCUGGGAAAUCUUGGCUUCAGAGUCUGGAGGAGUUUGAGGAGAGCCGUACAGCACACCCCAGUCCUCCUUGACCCAAACACCGCAAACAGAUGGCUUCAUGUGUCUGAGGACCUCAGCCGGGUAAGAAGAGAAGAUACUUAUCAAGACCACCUCCCGGACGUCCCAGAGAGGUUCAGUAAGUACACCUCAGUCCUGGGCUCCGAGGGCUUCCGCUCAGGGACACACCAGUGGGACGUGGAGGUGGGAGACCAUCCAGACUGGAUCAUCGGCGUCGCUAAAGAGUCAGUGGACAAGACAGGAGAGACAUUUGCUUCGCCUGAAUUUGGAAUCUGGGGUUUAUGUCACGGAGAUGGGGGAUACUCAAACGGCGAUGAUGAACCGGUGGCUGUGGCGAAGAGUCCGGAGAAGAUCAGGGUCAAACUGGACUACGGCAGAGGGACAGUGUCUUUCUACAACGCUGACCACAUGACACACCUGUACGUGUACACACACACCUUCACAGAGAAGAUGUUUCCUUAUUUUUACAUCGGAGAAAGUGAAGAAGCAAAAACCAAAGAGAUUCAUAUCUGUGAGACUCUGGAUGUUUGA